AUAAUAAUAAUAAUAUAUUAAUAUGCCUUUCUCAAGAGAGCUUCCUCCUUUUCUAUCUUUCUUGUGUUUGUAAAUAUAGUAAUAAUAAUAAUAGUAAUAAUAAUAGUAAUAUAUGAACAUGUCUUUCUCAAGGGAUCUGCCUCCUUUCCCAUCUUUCUUGUGCUUGUAAAUAUAAUAAUAAUAGUAAUAUAUUAAUAUGACUUUCUCAAGGGAGCUGCCUCCUUUUCUAUCUUUCUUGUACAUGUAAAUAUAGUAAUAAUAAUAAUAGUAAUAAUAAUAGUAAUAUAUUAAUAUGACUUUCUCAAGGGAGCUUCCUCCUUUCCCAUCUUUCUUGUGCUUGUAAAUAUAGUAAUAAUAAUAGUAAUAAUAAUAGUAAUAUAUUAAUAUGCCUUUCCCAUCUUUCUUGUGCUUGUAAAUAUAGUAAUAAUACUAAUACUAAUAUGCCUUUCUCAAGGGAGCUGCCUCCUUUCCCGUCUCCUACUCUCCCCGUCUACACCUGUUACCCGGCUUCUCUUGGAUAAAGAACCCGCCGAAAGAGACCGAAAAAUGAUCUUCGAAGCCCAGAGACGAAGGAGAAGCAUCCUGCUCCUCGGUGGAGUAGACCCAUGGAGGUGUGCCACUGACCACAACGUGGACAACACAACCGAGAUCCUCCGCGAAUGGCUUACUGCGAUGGAAAGCCACUACCGGCACAUCGAGUGGAAAGCCACAGAGGAGCCAAGCUCAUAUGCCGACGAAACGGGGCCCAAGCACUGGACGAAGGAGCGCUUUGAACACGUCAUGAGGCUCAAGCAGGAAGCCUUAGACUUUGCACGGAAUGAACGAGCCGAUUAUAUUUUGUUCGCCGACACCGAUAGUAUCUUGACCAACAACCAGACGCUGAAGUUCCUCAUCACACAGAACAGAACCAUUGUGGCUCCUAUGUUGGAAUCCCAGACGUACUACUCGAACUUCUGGUGCGGGAUCACUCCGCAGGGCUACUACCGCCGGACGGCUGACUAUUUCCCCACCAAGAACCGGCAGCGUGUUGGCUGCUUCCCGGUCCCCAUGGUCUACGCCGCUUUCCUGAUCGACCUCCGGAAGGACGAUGCCGCCGCCCUGGCUUUCCAUCCUCCCCACCCCAGAUACACCUGGCCUUGGGACGACAUCAUCGUCUUUGCUUUCUCCGCUCGGGCUGCAGGAGCCCAGAUGUAUUUGUGCAACGAGGAACACUUUGGCUACAUCAACGUCCCUGUGAAAGCGCACCAGACGCUGGAGGACGAACGCAUCAACUUUGUGCAUCUCAUCCUGGAGUCUAUCGUGGACGGUCCCCCCAUGUUGCCUUCCAGCCACGUCUACCUUCCUCCAAAGCGCCCCACAAAAAUCGGCUUUGACGAGAUUUUCCUCAUCAACUUGGCACGGCGUCCGGACCGGCGGCAGCGAAUGCUGGAUGCUCUCCUGGAGCUGGAGAUGGAUCCCUUGGUGGUGAACGCUGUGGAUGGAAGUGCUUUAAACAGCAGCGACAUCAAGAAACUGGGCGUGGACCUGCUGCCCGGUUAUUAUGACCCCUUUUCGGGCAGGACGCUCACCAAAGGGGAGGUGGGCUGUUUCCUGAGCCAUCAUCAUGUCUGGAAGGAGAUCGUGGUGCGGGGCCUGGAGAGGUCGGUCGUGCUGGAAGACGAUGUGCGGUUUGAGGCAUAUUUCAAAGAACGGCUCUGGAAGCUGAUGGACGACCUGGAGCUGGUGAAGAUGGACUGGGAUCUGAUCUACUUGGGCCGGAAGCAAGUGAACUCGGACCCCGAGGAUCUGGUGGAGGAUGUGAGAAACCUUGUGGUGCCCGGGUAUUCCUACUGGACGCUGGCCUACAUCAUCUCGCAGCGAGGAGCCCAGAAGCUGGUUGACGCUCAGCCCCUCUCCAAAAUCCUGCCGGUGGAUGAGUUCCUGCCCAUCAUGUACGACAAACACCCCAAUGAGGACUACAAGAAGCACUUUGACAAGCGGGACCUUCGGGCCUUCUCGGUGCGCCCGCUCCUGGCCUUCCCGACCCACUACAUGGGGGACGCCCGCUGGAUGAGCGACACGGAGACCUCCACCAUCUGGGACGACGACUCGCGCAAGACCGGCUGGAGCGGCUCCCAGAAGACUCUGAAAGAUGCCCGCAGUGCCAGCGGGAGCACGGCCGGACACUCCUUCCGCCCGGCUUCCAGGGACGAACUAUAACAUCUGCCUCCUCAGGCCGACUGCUUUCUGCACCCCAAGAGGCCGAGAAAAAUGAAAGACGAGAACGUGGUCCUCCUGCCCUCCUUUUCCUCUUAGGACACCCUUGAGAUAUUUGAAUAAGAGAUUGAACGUGGGACUUCUCCUUAUCCUUAUAAGCUUCCUCGAACCCCCGUUUCCUUUGAUUGUGGAAGCUGAGGCAUCUUGUUCUCCUUUUUCCCAAUGCCUGCCGUUCUGACUUUGAAAUUUAGCUAAAUUAUUUGGAGUUUUCUGUUCAUUGUGCCUUUCCUUGACCAUUGACUUCCCCAUCCGAUUCCAGACCAAGAUGGGUAAAACCUAUUAUUCCUGUGCUCUUUUCUGUCUCAGGUUUUCUCUCAACACACCUUUGUAUUUUUUUAAAAGUAAAUUUCGGAUUAAACGCGAGCGUUUAUUUAAAUUUGCA